AUGGCUCUCCCGACUUCAGAGCUCUUUAAUCGGUACCAUUUCAGCGACAUUCUCGGAGAGGGCCAGUCUGGCCGCAUUUGGCGGUGCCAGGACAGAAUAACGGGCGAAACCCUUGCGUGCAAGCAGGUCCGCAAGCGCGGAAUGUCACACGUGGAGCUUGCUGAUUUGCGGAGAGAAGUUCAAGCGAUGCUGAUUCUCCGAGGCCACCCGAACGUGCUGUGCUUACGUGGCCUCUAUGAAGACGACAAAGCGGUCUACAUGAUAACGGAGCUGUGCGCGGGCGGCGACCUAUUCGCGCUUAUAGCGGAGCACGAGGGGCUAGAGGAGUCUGUCGCGGCGCGGCUGUUUCUGCAGUUAGCGAGGGCGGUGCGGUGGUGUCACAUCAACCGCGUCGUGCAUCGCGACAUAAAGCCUGAAAACAUUCUUAUCGUUCCGCCGGCGGCGGCGGUAUCUCCUGCAAAGCGUGGCGGAAAGUCACGCUUUUCUGACAACGACUCGUCGUCCCCCCUUUCUUCCCCCGCCUCAUCGGACGGCGACGCUACGGGAAAAUCCCAACGCCUGGAAGAUUUGCAACUCCGGCUCGCCGACUUCGGACUGGCGUUUCCAUUACAACCAGGUUCGGCUAUUAUCGGAGCAGCCGGGAGUGCGCCGUACGAAGCGCCCGAGGUUCUGGCACACGAGCCGUAUAACUACUGCGCGGAUAUCUGGUCACUCGGCGUGUUGCUUUAUGCGAUGCUCUCUGCGAACUGGCCGGCUUUUCCCGACGACAAUCGCAAACUCCUGCCGUCAGAUCUGCUGCCGAAACCGUGGCCGUCGAUCUCGUUCGAAGCCAAGGAUUUAAUCCGUCGGAUGUUAACGACAGAUCCGAUGGAGAGGAUUGAUAUUAUCGGGGUGCUGGAACAUCCAUGGUUGAAGAAGCAGCUCGCGCCGCCCCAGUUGGAGGCUCCGUCGCAUGCUCCGUCGCACACCUCGUCCGGCUCGUAUAAACUCAUGGCGCUGUCGAUCGGAUCAGGCGGGAAGGGGGGAAUGGGAGCCGCGGGGGGCGAAAGAGGUAAGGACGGCGGGGAGAGCACGAGAGGAGGAGAGGAGAGAGGGAAAGAAGGGGGGGUAGGAGCUGGGGGAGCUGCAAAAGCUGCAUGGGUCGCAGGAGCAGCAGGGUUUGGAGGGAGGAAAGACGGGGGAGCGGAGGGCUCUGGCAAGGGGGGUGAGAGGAAGGGAGAGGAGGCGAGGAAAGGUACAGGAGGAGGAGGAGGGGGGGGAGCUGGAGGUGGAAGCGAAGGGAGUGGGGGAGCGCGGGAGAGGGAGGGUAGGGAAAGGGGGGAGGACGGGGACAGGGAUGAGGGGGGCACUCGCAGUAUGUCUGGUUAUAGAAACCCUAUUGCUCAUGAUGAUGAUGACGAUGAUGCAGCAGUGCGUUUUCCUGACGCUGUCACUGAUUUCCGCCUAGAAACUGCCGCUAAGGAGCUUUAUUCCUUUUAUAGGCUGCCUCUUUAUAAGAAAUGGAGCCCUUCAUUGUUAAAGGAGUCGGUGUAUCUGCGCGGCAAGGAUGCGAAUGGGGGAGCACCAGUUUUUGUUGAUGUGGUGGCUUGGCGGGUAGUGGUGAAGGUAGAUUCGGUGAAGGUUCAGGUGCAGGCUCGGCAUGGGGAAAAGUGGGUUGAGGUUCGGAAGCCGAGCCUGGGUUACGCGUCUGGGAGGUUGGGUUCGGAGAUAGGUUGGGCGGAGUGCUGCGUGCGUUUCCAUCCUGAUUGGUCGGAAGGCGAGGUGAAACAGUUUCUGCGAACAGGAUUGGAUAGAGCAGGAUCGUAUAAGGCCGGAUUGGAUGGAGCAGGAUCGGGUAAGGCAGGAAUGCUGAGAAAGAAGCGGCGGGUAGCAAGGUUUUUGGAGGAGGAAGAGGAGGAUGAGGAGGAGAAGGACCGGAGGUUCAUUGCUUCAGAUGAUGAGGAUGAGGGUGAGAUGGAUGUGGGUGGGGGUGUGGGUGGGAGCAGCAGAGGAGGAGGAAGGGCAGGAGAUGCGCGGUACAGGUCCUGGAAGGAAGGAGGAGCAGAGGACGGUGAGGGGGAAGGUUCGGAGGAAGGUUUGGAGGAAGGUGCGGAGGAGGGGCUGUACGAGGGGGAAGAGGAGGAGGAGGAGGACGAGCAAGUGGCAGGGUGGGACAGCGUGUGCUAUAUCUGUGACGAUGGCGGCGACUUGGUGUGUUGUGACGGGCCGUGUAUGCGGUCUUUCCAUGUGGAGCCGGACAGUGAGGAGGAGAAACGGAGGGACAAGUUCCACUGCCCGACGAUAGGAUUGCCAGACAGCGAGGUGCAUGAGAAGGAGACGUGGCUGUGCCCGAAUUGUGAGGCUAAGCAGCAUGUGUGCUUCAUUUGUCAUCAGCUCGGGCGAUCGGAGCCGGUUUUGGGUGGGAAUUCAGGGGUGGAAGGCGGUGGGGAGGGAAAUCAGCAGGGGAAUCAGCAGGGGCAGCAGGGGCAGCAGGGGCAGCAGCAGGUGCUGCAGGAGCAGGAGGUGUUCAUGUGUGACGUGGCGCUCUGUGGGCAUUUCUACCACCCGACAUGUGUCGCAUCGUGGUUGGCCGAUUCAAAGAGGCUGCCCCAGGGCAGCGAGGAGCGAAUCAAGGAGCUGGAAACAGUCGCUGGGAACAUCCGGGCAGGGUCCGGAAUGUUUUUCUGCCCGCUGCAUACGUGCGCCAAGUGCCAGUUGGGGGAGGGAGAUUUAGAUUCUUUCAAGCUUGUUCCGUGCCGCCGCUGCCCGAAAUCUUUCCAUAGCCGCAAGGGGGGGCUCACUCACAAGGAGAUGGCACAGUCGUGGAAUAAAGGCAAGGCCCCGCGGCACAUGUUCCAGUACCCGUGCGACCUGGACGCGUCCAGAGCUCGCCUGAGCAAGAUAUUCGAGGCCGCAGCAAAGCAGGUCACAGAACAGACGGCCAAGGCCGGCCUUGCCGUCCCGCGCAUGUACCAGCACUGCCACAACAGUGCGGGCUCCGGCUCGGGCGGCAACGCGGGCGGCAGUGCGGGCGGCGGCAGCAACAACGCGGGCGGCAAUCCUCGGAAGAUAGCGCUAAGCAAGCUAGAGUCGAUUCUCCAUGCAGGGGAGAAGGCUCGGAAUUUCCUAGCCAAGGAGCUGGAGCAAGCAGGAAUGGUAUCAGCCCAAGCGCUGCAGCAGGCAAUGGGACUCUGCCCGAAAAUGCAACUCCAGCAGCUGAAUGUAAUCGGGGGUACUUUGCGGGUUUACCUCUCCCCGUACGUGCACGGGCAGCGGUACACCUCGUUCGGGCGGCAUUUCACGAUGCCCGAGAAGCUUAACGAGGUGGUGGAGCGGCUGGUGCCUUAUAUGGAGGAUGGCGAUGUGCUGGUGGAUUUCUGCUGCGGGGCGAACCACUUCUCGCUGAUCGCAAGGCAUCGGUUGGAGGAGGCGGGGAAGCGGUGUGGGUUUGCCAACUUCGACAUCAUGCGACCACCGAAUGAGUUUUGCUUUGUCAAGCGAGACUGGUUCUCUGUAAAGAGGAACCAACUCCCCCAUAGAGAUCGCCUCAUAAUGGGCCUCAACCCGCCCUUCGGCGUCCGAGGGCAUCUCGCUUCGAAUUUUUCAAGCCGUGCCGCCUCCGUCUACCGACCCAAACUCAUCAUUCUCAUUGUCCCUCCGGAGACGCGUCAGCUUGGCCCACUCGGGUACACACUACUGUGGAAGGACGAGAAGAUUUUUGAGAAUCGCGCGUUCUACUUGCCGGGGUCGCAUGAUAAGGACAACAAGACAAUGAAUCAAUGGAAUAAUAUCCCUCCGCCCUUGUACCUCUGGUGCCGCAAUGACCUCGUCCACAUCUACGGUCCUUUGGCCGACCGCCUCGGGCACACAAGGGGCCUCUUCUCUUCUCCACGGCCCAUGCCUCCUUCGCUGCUUGCAGAGCUCAGAGUUGCAACCUCCAUCUCCACUACAGGUCUGGACCCUGCUUCCAUCGCUGCUGCUAAAUCGCAAGCUCUGGUACUUCUCGGACCUAACAUCUGGGCUCGGGCUGGCUGUGGCUUGGCCGAGGCAAGAGCUUCGGGAGAUGAUUUUGGUGGUGCGGAUGAAGGCGGUGGUGUUGCUGGUGGUGAUGGUAGUGGUGGUGGUGAUGGUGAUGAUGCUACUGCUGGUGCUGCUGUUGGUAACGGGGAUGGCGGUCAGCAGCUAUAUUUGGAAGAGAGGGAGAAUGAAGGAGAGGAGAUGGUUGGGCUGGAUGUCUUGGGCAUUGAUAAGGGCGGAGGAGGAGGAGAGGGAGAGCUGGAGGGUAGAAAGCUGGGGGGUUUGAAGCAGCUUCGGAGGGAGGAGGAGGAGGAUAUGAAUGCGAAGCGGAUUGUGAAGGUUAAGCGGGAGUUUGAGAUUAUGGGGGAUAAAGGAGUGGGUGAUACUGGCAGGGACAGGGGCGGGCAUUAUGAUAGGGACGGCAGGCGAAGCGCAGAGAGAGGGGCUGGUGGUUGGCUGGAGAGGGAGGGUGAUAGGGGUGUUGAGAGAGGUGGUGAUGGGAGUCAGUACGAUGCGAGGGAGCGUGAGCAGCGGUUGUACAGGCGCGGGAGGGAUGUGGAUGGGAGGGAGGAAAGGGAGGGGGGGUAUGAGGAGCGGGGGGGUGGGAGGAGAGGAGACGAGGCGUGGAACGAGCGGGGCGAGAGGGGGUAUGGAGAUAGGGAGGAGAGGGGGCAGAGGGAGCAGGAUGAAGGGGCUUACAGGGAAGGGGGUUAUUGGGAAGGGUGCCCCCACCCCCCCAUGUUCGUCAGCUCUCAAAUUUCAGGCGCCAUCCGGGUCCCCAUCUCGUUUGACCAACCCCUGGGGAGUGCGCUCUCUGGUGCCAACAGUGUUCCGUUGGGGAGAGUGGUGUCUGCUGUCCCUCCUGGAUUCGGCCCGGAUGAAGGCGAAGGCAGCUUGCGGCAGCAAGAG